AACACGCUACGCUGUCCUUCCGGAAUACAAUCUAAACCGAACGCAUUAUUUACUGUGAUUUCACGCCGCGAAAUACUUUUUAGAUAAACCUACGUUGACGUUUGUGUCUAGUGUUGUAUUGUUUUGUCUUAUACCUACAAUUAUACACAGACUUAACUCCACCGAUCGGAUCAACCGAGGCUGCCGUUAGUUGAUUGACUGCGGUGUCUGCAGAUGGAGGAGCAGGAUCAGGACGCUGCUGGAGAAGAAGACACUGAGAAGUAUGAACAAGAGGAGGAGGAGGAGAACCUGAAAGCGAUGGCAGCUGCAGAGGUAGAGGAGGAAGACGAGGAGGCGCUUCCUCACUCAGAGAUCCUGGACAUUUUCGAAGAGGGACUUGCUCGACUCGUACAGGACCCUUUACUUUGUGAUCUACCAAUCCAGGUGACUUUGGAGGAGGUGAAUUCCCAGAUUGCUCUGGAGUAUGGCCAGGCGAUGACCGUCAGGGUUUUGAAGGCUGAUGGUGAAAUAAUGCCCAUAGUGGUGGUGCAAAAUGCUACUGUCCUUGACCUGAAAAAGGCCAUUUGCAGAUUCAUGGAGCUGAAGCAACAACGAGAAGGAGGAGUGAAACAUAUUAGCUGGAGAUAUGUUUGGAGAUGUUAUCAUUUAGUAUUUCAAGGGGAAAAGCUUGACGAUGACAAGAUGAGGCUUAAAGACUAUGGGAUCAGGAACAAAGAUGAAGUAACUUUCAUGAAGAGACUGAGGAAAAAGUGAUGUCAGACAAAAACAUUUCCUGGAGCUACCACUUGAAAUUUAAUUUUUGUAUUGCUGUGUCUGUGGGAAAAUAAUAAAAUUUAUAUCUACAGUG